AUGGAGGACUCAGAGGCGCAUCUCUUUGACCAGGCUGAGAUUCAAAACGAGCAGCUGGAAGAGCGCAAUGGCGAGGACAUUGAGGGAGAGCUGUACGGGCCCAGGUCUGAUGACGGCAGCGACACCCCGGGCUCCUUGGAUGGCUUCAUUUCGGAGGGUGAAGGGACGCCAGAAGAUGGGAUGGCCAUGUACGCUGCCUUUGACAGGGAGCGCUCGGUGGAGGAGGACGACGAUGGGCCCAUGCUACCAGCGCUGCUUCGCAGGAAGCGGGGCAGGCGCAUCAUUGAGUCUGACUCUGAGUCGGAUCGGGUUGGUGUGAGGAGACGGCUUUUUGCGGAGGACGCAGAAGAUGUCUACGGCACCCCACCCCGGACGUUUCCCUCCAGCCCUGGGGGCCCAGAGAGCAGCGGGGAGCGCAGCCCGGAGCGCAGCCUGGUGCACAGCCAAUCACAUGGCCCAGCGCAGGGCUCGGCCUCUCUGCUGGAAGCUCUGGAGGCACUCGAGAGGAAAUGGAACGUCGGCAGGCCCGUGUCUCCGGCUGCUGCCCUCUCGAGCAUGUGCAGCUACUUUGAUGCGGAGACCGACUUUGACGCCACCCGCAUCGAGGCAGCCUCGCGCCGGUGUUGGGCAGAGUUUGCGAGCAUCGCACAGGGCCUGAACGGAGCCUUCAAGGACGGACAUCUCCCACCCACAGACCAUGACAACGUCGUCAGGCGGCUGGAGGCGGUGAGGUCGGCAAUCAGCCGUGGCAAGGCCGGGCUGCUGCAGUUUGCGCCGCCUGGCCCGGAGGCGCCAACCACCCAGCCAAAGGAGGCUGAUUGCGCGAGGACAGAGCUCAUCAGCGCGUGGUAUGACAGGGCGGCGCGGUACGGCCUGCGCGCUCUGGAGGUCAAGGGCUGCGAAGAUCUCUGCUACUCGGCGAUCAAGAGCGACGGCUACAACACGCGCGCCUUCAAGGUGGAGACGACCAUCCAGCAGGCCCUCUUCGACACCUGCAACGUGUAUGCCGAUGAGCGCCUGUACAGCCUCUUAACCUCCAACGGGAGCUUCCAGACGGACAUCCCCGCCCACAUCGCUGCAAACAGGAACGACCCGCGCUUCCCUGUCAUCCACAAGGACCGCCACGUGUUCGCCUUCAAGAACGGGGUGUACGUUGCCUGGCUGAGGGACUCCAUCCUGAAGCCGGGCAGCGGCCUGCUGGUGGGCGAGGACGUGAGGGACCUGUUCAUACCGUAUGCGGGAGGCAGGGUCGACCAGCUCCUGAAGCCGGAGGUGUGCGCGAGCAAGUACUUUGACCUCCCGUUCGACGAAGCUGCGCGGCUUCGCGUCGUGGAUGGCGACCUGGACUGGUACCAGCUGCCGACCCCGAACCUGCAGCAGAUUUUGGAGGCUCAGCGGCUCCCGGAGGAGGCUUGCCGCUGGCUAGCAGGCAGAGAGGCCAUUGAUCCGCCAUACCCCCGUGACAGCGGGCUGCGGCUCAAGAAGCGCUGCUGGAUUUUCGGCGUAGACUUGCUUGGCGAGGAUGAGGGGCAAGAGGCACCUCAAGAAGGCCUGCCACCAGAGCUGUACGAGGUAGUUGCACAGGAGUACGCAAGAUGCUUCCCACAUGAGAACGGCUGCCUGCUUGCCGAUACUGAUUACAAGAAAGUAGUGCUCGGAGACCUCACUCUGGGCAUACAUCGGGCUGCAUACAUGCUUCAUCACAACCUGAGCGAGCCUCCUGCGGAGAAGAACGCAAACGGCGUCAGGAUGGUCAUCAGGCACUUGUGCAACGAGCCGCGCUGUUUCGAGCCGACCCACUUGGCGUAUGGCACACAGUCCGAGAAUAAUUUUCAAGACAAGAUUGCCAACGGUACCCUGCGAAGAGGUGCGGCUAGUAACUUCACAAAGAUCACAGAGGACCUCGCUCGGAAGAUUAAGACUUCAAAACCGACCAACACCAGAUAUGGGCAGGUUGGGCACGAGACACAGAAGCAGAGAGCCGAACGGCUUGGAGUAUCGCUGCAUAUUGUCCAAAGUAUCGACAAAGGCCACGCAUGGGCUCACCUAUCUGGGGAUAGUAGAGAGGGAAAGCGCGAGAUGGAGCGCUUGAGAAGGGUUCGAGCGAAUGAGCGCACUUGGACGAGUGGGAUGUACGAGGAAGCGCUCCGACGCCUCAAGAAGAAGCUGACAGUGACACCAGCGGCUAGUCCUUUCGUGGACACUCCGUGCCAGUUCUGGACUGGAUCAUUACUCUGUGGAUACGGCCAGAUGUCCAUACACGGCAAGAAGAUGCUUUCCCACAUCCUCGCUUGCGAGAUCAAGCUCGGGGAACCUCUGAAGAAGGAUCAGAUCGUGCGCCAUCUUUGCGACAAUAGGGCAUGUUGCGCCCCAGAUCAUCUAGUGCCAGGUACAAACAGUGAGAACAACAUCGACACUGUGAGACACCGAGGCAGGCCACUGAAGCUAACAGAAGAUGAAGUCAGGGAGAUCCGCCUCACGCGUGGAACCGACGGACUUUCUCAGAAGAAGCGCGCGGAGAAGUACAGUGUUAGUAGACAGCUCCUUACGAGGAUUGAGAGGGGCCGAGCAUGGAAGCAUGUGGUCUAA